AUGUUGUACACCAUUAUCAUACCAGCCACCAAGGUGGACAUCAAGGGAUCGGUCGCACUUACGAUCGGAUCCGGGAUCAUUUUCACUGGAGAGGAUUGUACCGAAGUGUACAAAGAUAUGUCGGAGAGUGUGUGGAUUGUGAGACUGUUAAAGGGCGGCCCCGGGACCAGGACGAAUCACCGGAUCAUCGCUAUGGAUCACAUCCCCUCAUUGCCCAGAUCCUAUAAAGAUAAAACUGAGCUGUUGAUCUUCAAAGAUCUCUUCUCCGGGUAUGUGAUUGCCAAAGCGAGCGGAUCCAGGACGGCUCAGACUGUGGCAGAAUCCUACGAGGAAUGUGUGUUCCGCCGAUUUGGUGCCAGCGAGGUUAUCCGCCAUGAUCGUGAACCCGGGUUUAUGUCCGAUUUCUUUUGCGCGUUUAAUAAGAUCCUGGCUCAGCGUUAA